UCCAGCACGCGAAGGCAGCGUUUUUCCGGAUGUGACGUUAACUUCACGUUCGUAUUGUUUUAAAAAAGCGGCGGUUGCUUUCUUUUUCGCAAUUCUCCAGCACAGUAACAUAAAUAGCAUCCUGGUGUUUUUCUGCCAAGUAUCCUGCACCAGGACCAUGCAGCACCAGCAGUAUGCGGAGGAGCAAGGUCUUCUGGGCUCACUGUGUCCUGGGCAGAAGAAGCUGGAGGGGAAGACCUUCUACCUGGACAAUGUCAAGAAACGCCCAACAGCCCUGCUUCUGGAGACUGUAUCUCUUCUAGGAGGAAGGGUUGAGAGUUUCCUGCACAAAGAUGUGAGCUUUGUUGUGACUGGAAGCCCAGAGGACCUGAAGGGGCAAAAUUGUACUGACACCAAAGCAGGGACAAAGUUGAUGAGUGAAGAAGCCCAACGUCCAGUAAUGCAGCGAGAGUGUGUCCUCAACAGUGACAAACAGCGACCCAGAACUCCUAGACCAAUGCCUUGUGGCAGCCGUGGGAAGGCCUUGCUUGAAAAAGCCAUUCGCAACAAUGAACGACUGCAGGGGAGCGGUGUUUUGGCCAAUGCUCGAUCUUGGGGAGUGAAGAUUUUGAAUGUGGAUGAUGUCAUUUUAUAUUUGAAACAGUUGACUCGAGAGAGCUUCAGUGGUAUACACAAGAGGCCAGAGAGGUCUGGCACCAAACUAAGUUCCCAUGUUGUCAAAGCUGCAGCUUUGAGGUCUCCCUAUCUUAAAGUUGAAGACAUGAGCAGGAGAUACAAGCCCUUGCACAUUCAAUCUAUGACAUUCCCCGCUCUGUGGUACUCGGGCCGAUUUAGUCCCUUUGAAUCUCCUCCUCCUCCUCGGUUUGAAAAGCAGACAGAGCAAGGAGAAAAUAAAACCAGGGAGAAGAAACACGUUGAAAACAGCAUUCAGGACAAAUCUCAAACCCCGCUCUGGUGUCACCCUUCCCCUUGGCGGCCACGCAAAAAGGACCUGUCUUACUGUGAAUGCUGUCAUCAACCCUUCACUAAUCUGGAGGAGCACUUGCAGUCUGAUCAGCACCGUGCGUUUGUGCUGGAUCCCUCAAACUACAGUGUGAUGGACCAACUCGUGGCUGAAAUGAUUCCGGGAUUCAACCCCAAUCCAGCUCAACUGUCAGAAGAAACACUGAACCGACCACCAACUCCUUUGCCUGUCUGUGAACUGGAGCCUCUCACUGAUGCUGAGACGGAGCACACUGUUCAGGCCCUGCAGAGACAAGGUUCAUCAUUCAAUAACAUCUCUAGCCCUAUUGGGGGUCCUCUUUCCUCCAGCCCAGCCAGACCAUCACCAAGAGUUCAGUUUACUGUCCCAAAUCCACCAGCCACUCCACCUGCUGACAUCUUGCCUUUCACUACUAACACAGAUUGCCAGCUCCCUGACAGCCAGCCUCAUGCUUUAAGUCCCGCCAUGCCUGUUUCAGAUGUUGAACCACAGGCCCACAACUCAGCAAGCCAGAAGCCUGAUACUCAACAUCUCUCCCCUUGCCCUGACACCCCAUGCCUGUCCUCUGACCCUUACUCCCUGCCCCCGGUCCUCAGCCCACAAGUCCCUUAUGCCUUCCACAUUGUAGAGCCAGCCUGCCCGUAUUUGGACCCUCCUGUCCUCAGUCCUCAACUGUACACGGCAGAGGAGGUUGUGGAAGCACAACCUUGUGAAAUGGACACUGCAGAAAGUGCGUCUCUCUCAUUCUUUAAUCAUAUCUCCACUGGACUUUUUCCAUCUGUUGCUUUGACAAAUACAGCAACGGGGUCAAACCAAGAAAGUCUUGUAGGAUUAAGUGGGAUCACAUGUUCGACCAAAAAUGGUUUGGACUGUGCUACGCUGUUGUCUCAUAGAUCUCGUUCCCUGCCUCCACAAUCAGCGACGGCACCAAACCCCAAAAAGCAUUGUAGAUCAGCCAGCCCUGAACACAGCCAGAGCAAAAGGAGGAGAAUUACAGUGAAAUGUGGCUACAGCAGUAGUUGGACUGAACAAGGGCAUCUAUCUGUCAAACCAGAGAGCGACAUUCUGGCAAAACCUGAUGGAAGUUUAUUAUUUGACAAGGUGUCUUCAACAUGCGCCUUGGAAAAACUUGGAUCAAAACAGACUUUUUCAUCGUUUUGUGUUCCUACUGUACAGAAUUUCACUUGGGCACCAAAUCAAGUGGACAUUUUAGGUCAUGGUAGCACUUUUGUUGCCGAUCAUCCUUCACAGCCAUUUUCCUCAAAAGUAAACAUUUGUGAUCCUCCCCUCCAGUUCCCCAAGGAUAAACCUCACAGUGCGUUUUUCAGUCAAGGCUCCCAAUGUUCAUUAUCCCACUCCACCUCAGUGUGCAUUGAGUCAGCCCUCAUCCCUGACUUAGCCGCCCUCUGUCCAUCAUCAUCAGACUCUGACUGGGACUGUGGUCUGCUGUCACAGCUUGGACCAAACUCUGCUCCUCCCCUGUUGACCACCGAGCAGAGUUGUGAGCUUGACAAGGAGCUCCUCCACGUGCCGUGCACCUGGAUGAACGACACCAGCUACGAGUCACGUCUUCACACUGUCCUUCAACCGUCAAAGCCAGCAACCUCACUGUGUGGGGAAGAAAUGGACCCUUCAGCGUUUUCCAGGACUGUGGUACAGAUUGUUGAGGUUCAGCACUGAUGGUUAUUCUGUCAUUUUAAAAAAACUGGAAGAACCACUACCUAGAUGUAGUUUCAAGCCUUUAAAAUAGUAAGUCUUUGCUGCUGCGUAUCCCACCGCAAGAAACAAUGGGCAGCACUUAAGCUCAUCAAAAUAAGUCAAUAAAAUGAUACACUGAAUAAAUAUUUUAAACUUGGUGCAAACUAAAAUUGAAUAUUUAGAUAUUUUUACAGAUGCUAAUUAUUUUUGUUGUUGCCGUAGAUGUUACUUAGCGGAUGUGCAUCUUCCCAUGAUUUUGAAGAGUGUCAUUAUCUUUUAUCCUCUCAAUCCGUUAUCAUUCUCAUGCACAGGACCCUGAGUAAUAUUCUGUAUGUCAUGCUGACUGCAGUCUUUCAGAACCUAUAUCCGGGAACACAUCGUGGUAUUGAGAAUUUAAUGAGGCUUUUCUGAAGGGGGGGCAUUACUCAAUUACUGUAAGUGCUGCAUCGGGAUCAGAUCCCACUUGUUCUUGCGUUGAAGAGGCGUUCGUAGAGUGGAGGACCCGCAAAACCUGUGAGAAAGAAGUCUUUCUGAUUUAAUGUUAAAAAGGCUUCUUCUGCUUUAGAAGGACAGCUAAAGGACUGACUUUGUCAAGGAGUUACAACUGCUUCACAGUGGUGUGCUGCAGCUACAGUGAGGUUUAUUGUCUUCACUUGUCAGUUUUUCAAGUAUAAGGUCACCUACCAUUAAAGACUCAUUGCUCAUAAUAGACA